AUGUCUACAGCAGCUACACAGCCAACCUUGUUAUGCACGCUGCACAUUUGGCCUUCUAGAUGGAAUUUACCAUCUAUUGACCCCACAUGUAUUGCAGCGGUUUUCUACCUGCAAUUGACUAUUCCAGGGAAAUUCGAAGUUGUAGAAUGUACUAACCCCGACGUGUCCCCUAGUGGAAAGCUUCCCUUCCUCACACAUGGCCAUGCCACAGUGUCAUCCGUCCCAGCCAUCAUUUCCUUCGUUUCUUCGCUGGCAAAGUCUACUUCAUCAGGUGCAAGGGAUCUCGACGCGUCUCUAAGUGCACUACAAAGAGCAAAGCGAACUGCUUGGUGCUCGCAUGUUGAGGCGAAUAUUGGGGACCUCGUAGCAUAUUCGUUCUAUUCUGUGGACGACAACUUCUGGAAACUUACAAAUCCAAUCAUGGCAUCUAUGCUUCCCAUUCCGCAGCGCUACUAUGUACCUGGCCGUAUACGUGAAAUGCAUCGACCACGCCUAGAGGCUGCAGGUUUGUGGACACAAAUAGCCUCUGAAUCAGAGAAGGACUCAUUCGGGAAACGACAAAAGAAAGACGACCCUAAAGACAACUAUGCGCGCGCUUUUGAACGGGACAAAGUAUCUGCGCUAGCGAAGGCAUCGUUUGCUCUUUAUGCGAAGUUACUGAAUGGACAGAAGUUUUUCUUUGGGGAACGGCCUACGACUCUUGAUGUUUACCUAGCUUCGCACAUUCUCCUGUUACUUGAUCCGCCAUUCCCGGACCAUUCAAUGCGAUGUAUUCUAGAGGACUCAUACCCGACGCUCGCAGAGCACGCGCGCAAUGUGCAGACAGAAGUCUCACAAAUACCGCGGCAGUAUCUUGUUGCUCCUGCGCAAAAACAGUCGUUGCUGUCGUUAAUACCGCGACCCCUGACCAACCCUCCCAAACCCAAGGAGAGCCGAAUGGAUGAAGCAGACCUUCGGUUCCGUCGCAUGCGAUGGAUGUGGCUUGCGCUUGCCUUUGGCGGUGUGGCGUGCUACGUCGCUCAACUCUGGAUAAAGGUCACUGUUGUGGAGGCCAACAGGAGACCUCGACGUGUGCAGAGACAUGAGGCUGAUCAAUUUACAGAACAUGAAGCAAAGGUCAUGGACGAGGAAGAAGGCAAAGAAGAUGAAGAUGAAGAUGCGAGUGUCCAGGAUGGGGACGAGUAG